AUGAGCAGUACAAGAAAGAAACCAUUUAGCUCAAAAAAGAAAAAAGAACAAUUGAAGUUAAAACGAGAAAAAAUUCGAGCUCAAGGUGAUAAAUGGGCAGAUUCGGAUGAUGAAUCAGCGACAAAUAAUAAAAAUAUUUCGCAUAAUUCUCGUCGGCGAUUGAAUGAACAGCCUGUUCAAGAAGGCGCAACUUAUAAUCCAAAUCGAUAUCGUCUUCAUUUUCAACGUGAACCUCGGGAUGAAAUUGACCGGCGGAAAAAAAUUGCUCAAUUACCCCUUGAAAAACUGCCUGAAGAAUCAUUGGAAAUUCCUAUCGAGCAAAUUUAUCGACCAGGAAGUGUUCUUGAUAUGCCUGUGCGACCAGCAUGGACAUAUAGUAUGACCAAGGAACAAUUGGAACAACAAGAGCAAACUUAUUUUAAUAGCUAUUUGGACAAAAUUUUUGCAAAUUACGAAGCUAAUAGUUUAAGUUAUUUUGAAAUGAAUCUUGAAACAUGGAGACAAUUAUGGCGAACAAUAGAAAUUUGUGAUAUCAUUCUUAUGAUUGUUGAUGUACGUUUUGCUGUUCUUCAUUUUUCUCCAGCACUCUACGAUAAUGUUACACGUAUUAACAACAAAUCGUUAAUUAUUAUUUUAAAUAAAAUUGAUCUCGUACCCCCGUCACUUGUCAUCGCUGUAAAAGAUUAUUUUUCUAAAAAAUUUCCUCAAUUACAUAUUCUUACUUAUACAUCCUAUCCAAAAGAUUUAUCGACGACACGUGAAGAUUUCGAUAAUUAUCAAGUCAUGGCACGUAUUGUGCGUCGAAAAAAUUACUAUGCAAUUGGCCCAUUGGCAUUAUUUGAAUGUAUAUCAUCAAUAGUUGGUUCUCGUAUUGAUUUAUCAUCGUGGAAGCAACACAUUCAACAAUGUAUGAAUGAUGAAAUGAUUGAUAAUAAAUUAAAACAUGAAAAUAUUGAUGUGUCACCAUUGAUAAACAUAAAUAAAACAACGAAUCAUAUAACACUAGGUUUUACAGGUUAUCCCAAUGUUGGAAAAUCGUCUAUAUUAAAUAGUAUUGUCGGCCAUAAGGUCGUGAGUGUAUCACGUACACCAGGACAUACAAAACAUUUCCAAACAAUACAUUUGACACCGACUGUACGUUUAUGUGAUUGUCCCGGUUUAGUUUUUCCAUCAUUUGUUGAACGACCAUUACAAAUUCUCGCUGGAAUUUAUCCAAUAGCACAAGUUCAGGAACCUUAUACACCAGUUGGUUAUCUUGCACAAUGGUUACCAAUGAUUAAACUUCUCAAGCUCGACAAACUCGAACAAGAAAUACCUAAAUAUAGUGCAAUGGAUAUUUGUGAAGCUUGGUCAAUCAAACGUGGUUUCUUAACAGCAAAAGCUUGCCGGCCUGAUGUUUAUCGAGCAGCUAAUCAUAUACUUCGGUUAGCACUCGAUGGUCGAAUUAAUUUAUAUCUUCGACCACCAGGCUUUACUGCUGAUAAACAACGAUAUCUAUCGGAUCCUCGAGCUAUUGAACUCGAACAUCAAAUAAAACUAGCUGUUGAUAAACAAAAACUUCCUGAUAGUAGUGUAUCCGGUGGUGAUGAUAGUGAAGCAUUUCCGGCAAGUGACGACCAUCAAUUAGCAUCUCGUAGUGCAUCAACAACUGAUUAUGGAGCUGAUGAUGUUGAAGAUGUAAAUCGAUUUACUCAUUUAAAUCGUGAUGAUGAUGAUGGCAAGGAACAAUUAAAAUUUGUGAAAAAUACAAGACGCAGAGCACGACGAAAAUCUAGUAACAGCAAUCAACGUAACGGCAAGGAUGAAGAAGAAGAAGAAGGAGAAGUCGAUGAAUAA